AUGGCCGAAAACGCUCCCGCUUCCAACCCCGCUGCUCUUCCAGCUCAACCUGCUACAGGCGCUGUGAACCAGCAGUACGACGCUGCUCAAGGCAACGGUCAAAGUAACCCGUCGCAUAUGCCUCCUCCUCCGCGGCCUCCAGUGGUUAUCCCCCAGAACACCAACCCGAUCCCCACCGCCAUCUCCUCGCCUAUGUCCGGCAACAUGAUGUCGCCCACCAGCGCCGGGGGCUAUGUGCGUCGGGCAGCCCCCGAGCCCAACAAGCGAGCUCUCUAUGUGGGUGGGCUGGACCCCCGGGUCACAGAGGAUAUUCUGAAGCAGAUCUUUGAGACCACUGGCCACGUGGUGAGCGUCAAGAUUAUCCCAGACAAGAAUUUCAACAGCAAGGGCUAUAACUAUGGGUUUGUGGAAUUUGAUGACCCCGGUGCGGCUGAACGGGCCAUGCAGACCCUUAAUGGGCGCCGGAUUCAUCAGUCGGAAAUCCGCGUCAACUGGGCGUACCAAUCCAACAGUACCAACAAGGAAGACACCUCUAACCACUUCCAUAUCUUUGUCGGUGACCUGAGCAAUGAGGUGAACGACGAGGUCUUGACCCAGGCCUUCUCCGCUUUCGGCUCGGUCUCGGAGGCGCGUGUGAUGUGGGACAUGAAGACUGGUCGCUCGCGUGGCUAUGGAUUCGUUGCUUUUCGUGACCGCGCGGAUGCUGACAAGGCGCUGAACUCGAUGGACGGCGAGUGGCUGGGCUCUCGUGCCAUUCGUUGCAACUGGGCUAAUCAGAAGGGUCAACCCUCCAUCUCUCAGCAGCAGGCCAUGGCCGCGAUGGGCAUGACUCCCACCACCCCGUUCGGCCACCACCACUUCCCAACUCAGGGUAUCCAGAGCUAUGAUAUGGUGGUUCAACAGACUCCCCAGUGGCAGACCACCUGCUAUGUUGGCAACCUGACCCCCUACACCACCCAAAAUGACCUGGUGCCUCUGUUCCAGAACUUUGGCUAUGUUCUUGAGACCCGCCUGCAGGCUGACCGUGGCUUCGCUUUUGUCAAGAUGGACUCACAUGAGAAUGCUGCCAUGGCUAUCUGCCAGCUCAACGGAUACAAUGUGAAUGGCCGCCCACUCAAAUGCAGCUGGGGAAAGGACCGUCCCCCAACUGGCCAAUUUGACAACUUCUCCCCUCAACAGGGCAACGCUCCUUUCAACAACACCCCGGGAUUUUUCCCCCAGUAUGGUGGGCCCGCUAACCCCAUGAACCAAGGUCCUGCUCCCGCUGGCCGAGGCUGGGACCAACAAGGCAACAACUUUGGCGGACCCGGCAUGCCGGGUCCGGGCUACCCCCAAGGCAAUGCUGGCGGCUAUGGUCGUGGCCAACCCAUGUCCCCGUCUGGUAACUGGGACCAGUCCAACAACAACUUCAAUGGAGGCUACCAGGCGUAG